AUGUGUAGCUCAAAUCUUUCCAAGUAUAUUCAAGCCUGCUUGACAAAACUUUUUUUUUCUAUUUGUUUCAUACUUAUACGUGAACAAGUUUGUCCUUUCUUCGCCUCUCACAAACAGUCGAUACAUCUUUCAUUAUUCAUUCAUUACACUUUUCUAUAUUCUUUCAGCUGUUUCUUGUUAAUUUAUUUUUCCAAUUCAUUUCAUGAUAUUACCUCUUUUCUAAACGAUAAACUCUUUCUCUCUCUCUCUCUUUACCGCUCUCACUUUAUCUCUCUAUCUCACUCUUUCUCUAUCUCACUCUCUCAUUUUCUAUCUCUCUACCUCCCUCCCACUUUCUCUCUCACUCUAUCUCCCAAUCUCUCUCAAACUUUCUUUCUCUAUCUCCUUUGCUUUCUCUCUAUCUAUCUAUCUAUCUAUCUAUCUAUCUAUCUAUCUAUCUGUCUGUCUUGCACUUUCUCAAUCUCGAUCUUGCUCCCAUUCACUUUUUUCUUUUGUAUUUUUCUUUCUUUUUUUCUUUCUUUUCUGUUAUAUUUCAUUUUUCCUUCUUUCUUUUUUUAUUUCUUUCUUUUUCUUUCUUUCUUUCUUUUUCUUUUGUAUUUCUUUCUUUUUCUUUCUUUCCUUCUAUAA